CGUCCUCUGAUGAUCGUCAGUCGUGCCUCAACCAGCAUCGCUAAAAGAAUUCCGGCAGCUGUUCUUCCAACAGUUUUUUUCGUUUGCUUUUCGUUCAAAACUCGAAAUAAACAGGAUGGCAAUCAAGGCAAUCUGCACGUUGGUCACUUUGUUCUUUAUUUUUGAAAAUUGCCGCGCUUUCCCCAACGGUGGACCCAUCGACGCCUGUGUCAAAGCCCAACCCAAUCGACCGAAUCACGGCGGAACUCAACCGCAACCUGAAAAUACUAACCCAUUCAUCGUUGAAGCUUCAAAUGAUUACUACCGACCAGGCGACAAGAUCACAGUGACUAUUCGUGGACCCAAGUCUGCCUUCAAGGGAUUCUUCUUCCAAGGACGCGACCCCAAGACCCAAGAGUGGAUUGGAGUUUUCGAGACAAAUCCCGACGCCAAAUCGUACGCUGAAUGCUCGGCCUCCACUCACACAGACAACGAUCCCAAGAAAUCGGUCACGCUUUUGUGGCACGCACCUGACGCCACUGGCUCCGUCUACUUCGUGGGUACCGUGCUCGAGAAUUACAGGACAUACUGGUCGGACGUUGUUGCCCGCGUUCCUCAAUAAUCAUAAAAUUUUGAAAACCUGUUUCGUUCUCGUUUUCUCUCCGUCUCAACUCUCCACAAAAAGAAAAAAAACUCUCACUUUCUCCUCUAAAAUAAUCAGAACGACAGACAAGGACACACUCGCCCAUUUUUUUUUCUAUAGCCUUCCUCUUAAACUUUCUUUCACAAGAUGGACUGAUUGCAAGUCAUUCUCACUCCCCGUGAAACUCAAAAAAAAAAAAGACUGCAAUAGUUUCAUCAACUAUCCUUUUCCAAUUCUCGGACCAGAAGCAGAGCUUCUAUAUAUUACAUUCACCAACCUGGAUGAUUUAACUAUCAGAGACUUUAAAAAAAAUAAUAAAUUUAAGAUCAUUUCCUUGUGGAGCGAUUGUGUCCUUCUGUUAUGACAGGUGAUGCUCAUAAAACACAAACGUUUGCGCCCAAAACACUCUUGUUUCGACCUUUUCUUUUCUUUUGUAAUUUCACAGCGCACGAUGUGUAUUUGUAAUAACAAAAUGUUUAUAUAGAAACUCCACGAGAAGAAAAUUAAACAAUCCAAUAUAUGA